CACAGUCCUGUACUUGCCGCCUAGUCUACAAGUUUCAAAUACCACGCGAGCUGAGAAGGAAAUCAACAUGUCAAAUAUCAAAAUUAUUAACCCUCGUGUAGCACGAGAAACUCAAGAUCUUCACACACUGUCGAAAGAAGAACUUAUUGCGCGUAUCCAACAACUAGAGUCACAUGUUACUCAACUAAGAAAUUUGCUGAAGCCUAAACUCACUUUAAAUAAACAGGACAAUAAAUCUGGCUCUAAAGUGUUUGACCAUAAAAAAUAUGCCAAGAGACAUGUGCUGCUACAAGUGGCAUAUAUUGGAUGGGACUAUGCUGGUUUCGUUGUACAAGAACACACAGAAAAAACUAUUGAAGCAGAGUUGUUUAAAGCCUUAGAAAAAACACGGCUUGUAGAGAGCCGUGAAACAAGCAAUUACCACAGAUGUGGGAGAACUGAUAAAGGAGUCAGUUCGUUUGGGCAGGCAGUGUCUCUUGAUCUCCGGUCAAAUUUAUCAGAUGGCAAAGGAGUUUUUGUACCAGAUGGCCAUCAAGCUAAAGUGGGGAACACUGAUGAAAUUGCCUAUGUUGGCAUACUUAAUAAGGUACUUCCCCCUGAAAUCAGGGUGGUGGCAUGGGCACCAGUUAAUAAAACUCUGAGUGCCCGCUUUGACUGCCGCCAAAGAAUUUAUCACUACUAUUUCCCCAUGGCCAAUCUUGACAUUCAGAAGAUGAGAGUGGCCGCACAAUACCUUAUCGGAGAGCACGACUUUCGCAAUUUUUGUAAAAUGGACGUUGGCAAUGGUGUUGUUAAAUUUCAUCGACGAAUAAUGGAUAUUCAAAUUGAUGCAAUCGAUAAUUCAGCGGAUAGUUAUUCGAUGAUCCGUUUGGAAUUAAAAGGACAAGCAUUCCUUUGGCAUCAAGUUAGAUGCAUUGUGGCGAUACUUUUUUUAGUUGGACAAGGCAAAGAAGAGGCUACAAUUAUCCAGGAAUUACUUGAUGUCGAAUCUAAUCCACGAAAACCACAGUAUGGCAUGGCGUCUGAAGUACCACUCAAUCUAUUUUCCUGCACCUAUUCUGAUGAGGAUUGCCAAUGGAUUUAUGACGGGGAAACUCUUCAAUAUGUUAUAAGCGGUUAUCAGAUGCUUUGGACAGAAAAUAUGGUCAAGGCAACAAUGCUAAGAGAAAUGCUAGAAAAUCUCGAAAAAUUAGCAGGCAUCAAAAUCGAAAAUCAGCUAAAAGGACUGGUUCAGGGAAUUGAGCCUAAAACGUACCUGCCACUAAUGAAAAGGCAGAAAUGCGAAAGUUUGGAAGAGCGUAUCAAUGCAUAUGCCAAACGUCAACGGAUAGAAGUUACGGAAACUAAAAACGCUUCUGCGUAACACCUUCCUGUACAUUUUGGUUUAAUUUAAAUUUUGGAAAACCAA